CGUGAACUUCGGCAUGGCGGCUCACCGCUCCGGCCCGCUCAAGCAGCAGAAUAAAGCUCAUAAAGGCGGGCGGCAUCGGGGUCGAGGAUCCGCACAACGGGACGGAAAGGGUCGUGUAGAACUGAAAAUCUUGUGCAAGAAGGUGAGAAAAGAGCUCAGCAGAGUAGACCAGAGACAUCGCGCCAACCAGCUCCGAAAGCAGAAGAAGGAGGCGGUUCUGGCAGAGAAGAGACAGCUGGGCAGCAAGGAUGGGCCUCCUCAUCAGGUGCUGGUGGUGGCUUUGCAUAACAGAAUUUCCCUGUCUGAGGCCUUUCGCCUUCUUCAGGAUAGGGACUUGGGAACAGUGCACGUAAAUGAAUGGGGAAGCACCUAUAGCUUUAUGCUGCUGUGCCCCCGUUUGAAACAUCGGUGGUUUUUCACAUCUGCGAGGCCAGGAGAUCUUCACAGUGUAUUAGAUAUGGCUAAAGUGGCUGAUACCAUCCUGUUCCUCCUUGAUCCACAAGAAGGCUGGGACAGCACUGGGGAUUACUGCCUUUCCUGCCUCUUUGCUCAGGGUCUUCCCACCUAUACACUUGCUGUCCAGGGAUUUUCUGGUAUCCCUCUGAAAAAGCAAAUAGAUGCCAGAAAGAAGCUAAGCAAAGCAGUAGAGAAGCGAUUUCCUGAUGACAGACUCCUUCUGUUAGACACUCAACAGGAAGCAGCAACACUGUUUAGGCAGUUGGCUAACCAAAAGCGAAGGCAUCUUGCUUUUAGAGAUCGGCGAGCCUAUCUGUUUACCCAUGCUGCUGAUUUUGUACCCAGUGAAGAGAAUAACUUGGUGGGCACCUUGAAAAUCUCAGGCUAUGUUCGUGGACAGACUCUGAAUGUAAAUAGCUUGCUACAUAUUGUUGGACAUGGUGAUUUCCAAAUGAAACAGAUAGAUGCCCCCAUCGACCCUUUUCCUUUAAACCCUAAAGUGAUAAAAUCCCMAAAGGACUCAGGCAUGGCAAUGGAGGUUUGUGCUUCAGAUGUUGCAUCUGACAUGGAAGAAGAUCUUAAGGUCCUAAUGAAGGCAGACCCUGAUAGACAAGAGUCUUUGCAAACAGAAGUUAUUCUAGAUCCAAUGGAAGGGGAGCAAACCUGGCCCACUGAGGAGGAGCUGAGUGAGGCAAAAGAUUAUUUGAAGGAAGGUUCUAAGGUGGUAAAGAAGGUCCCCAAAGGAACGUCCAGUUACCAAGCUGAAUGGAUUUUGGAUGAAGGUGGUGAAAGUGGAGGGGAAAGAGAUGAAGAUGAUGACACAGAACAGGAUUUUAUGGAAGAGGAAUCUCAGGAUGAAAAAAGUGAAGAAGAGGAGGAGGAGGAAUGUGAAACUAUGACUAUAGGGGACUCUGUACGUGAUGACCUUUAUGAUGAGAAAAUGGAUGAGGAGGCUGAGGAAAAAAUGUUAGAGAAAUAUAAACAAGAAAGGAUGGAAGAAAUGUUUCCAGAUGAAAUGGACACCCCCCGUGAUGUGGCUGCUAAAAUUCGAUUUCAGAAGUACAGAGGCCUUAAGAGCUUCCGGACAUCUCCAUGGGAUCCUAAGGAAAAUCUUCCUCGAGAUUAUGCUCGGAUCUUUCAGUUUCAGAACUUUACUAAUACUAGGAAAAGAAUCUUUAAAGAGAUUGAGGAAAAAGAGGAAGAAGGAGCGGAGGUUGGCUGGUAUGUCACACUUCAUGUCUCUGAAGUCCCUUUCUCAGUAGUUGAAUACUUCAGGAAAGGAGCACCUUUGAUUGCAUUUUCUUUGCUACCUCAUGAACAGAAGAUGUCAGUGUUGAACAUGGUGGUAAGCCGGAAUCCUGGCAAUACUGAACCUGUAAAGGCCAAAGAAGAGUUGAUUUUCCACUGUGGAUUCAGGCGUUUCCGAGCCUCACCUUUAUUUUCUCAGCAUACUGCAGCAGAUAAACAUAAACUUCAGAGAUUCUUGACUGCUGAUGCGGCCUUGGUGGUGACGGUAUAUGCACCAAUUACUUUUCCUCCUGCAUCUGUGCUGCUUUUCAAGCAGAAAAGCAACGGAAUGCACAGCCUUGUUGCCACAGGCCAUCUGUUGUCAGUGGAUCCAGAUAGAAUGGUCAUCAAGAGAGUUGUUCUGAGUGGUCAUCCUUUCAAAAUUUUCACUAAGAUGGCAGUAGUACGUUAUAUGUUCUUUAAUAGAGAGGAUGUACUAUGGUUUAAACCAGUGGAACUGAGAACAAAGUGGGGCCGUAGAGGACACAUCAGGGAGCCUUUAGGUACCCAUGGCCAUAUGAAAUGCAGUUUUGAUGGGAAGCUAAAAUCUCAGGACACAGUACUGAUGAAUCUUUAUAAACGAGUUUUCCCUAAAUGGACUUAUGAUCCAUAUGUACCAGAACCAGUACCUUGGGUGAAAAGUGAGAUUUCUUCAACAGUGCCUGAAUUGGACAUAGAGUAAUGGAUUCAGUAGGAUUCUGUCUUAUUGUUAAUAAUUAGCACUAUAAAGAUGGGGCCUACAGGUUGUGACUGAGCAGUUUGUAGUUUAUACUUUAGUCAUCAGUAUGCUGUCCUGUUUACGAAAGAUCUUGGCUCAGUUAAGUAUGGAAGUUUUUCUAUUUGGUCUAAGAAAACUAUUAAAUAUACUGAAAUAUCUGUUUUCCAUUAGGACUUUGAAAACUUUACGAGAAGAUGUUUUGGUGCUGG